GGCUAAGCAGAAGCAGAACACGGGCAAGGACCAGCACCGAUUCUAUUUCGCCAACACCACGUCUUGGGGCCAGAAGGCGUGGGACUACCUAAAUCAGUCAGAUGGUGGCUUUGCUGUCUCGGACACUGUCAUGAUUGCAGAGCACCACCUCCAGGGGGCCCAGCAGGUUCAGGCGAUCAAGAGGUGGAGAGCAGCGCAGGAGGAGCGGGCCACGAGCAUGGAGUCGCAGUGGACCAGCCAGACGGUGCGCAUGCGUGACAUUGAUGUCGUCUUCGUCUCGCUGUACCUGGUCACGGGACUGGGCCUGCAAGGGGAGAACGCCACCAUCCUCGCAGAGGUGGCAGGGUACGUGCGCUCUCAGGGCAAGCCGUACGUCAUCGCUGGAGACUGGAACAUGGAGAUAGACAGAUAG